CUCUCCCUCUCUCUCUCUCUCUCCCUUAGUAUUUCUCUCCGCCUCGCCACGCCAACAGUUUCCUCCCUUCCCUCCCUUUCCUCCAUCUCUCCACUCCUCCAGAUAAGGAUCAACAUUACCUCUCCUACCGCUAGAGAGAGAGAGAGAGAGAGAGAGAGAGAGAGUUUGGUGCUUAGUGAAGAAUGGUAGAGAAAACGGAUAAGGAGUUAAAGGAGGAGGAGAAGAAGGAGGAGGAAAAGGAAGAGGAGGAGGAGAUAAAGAAGGAGAGUAGGAAGAAGAAAGAUGUACAAGAUCCCCCUCCCGCCGCCAGCAGCUCUCCUGAAGGCGCGGGAAGAGGGAGAGGCGGCGCUGGGGUGUGGCUGCUGGUGUUGGCCCUCGCUGGCGUGUGUGUGGCUCUGGUGGUGACUGUGCACACCCUCAAUGGCCAGCUUAAGAUUGCAGGGGUGUCAAAUUCUGGACGCGUGGAGGAGCUAGAGGCCGAGGUGUCUUCAGUGAGAGUGAAGCUGGAGUUGGGAGAGAAGGAGAGGAAGUCUUUGCUGUCUCAACUCUCUCAGGCACAGGGAGUGGCUCGGGAGGCGGAGAUGGAGAUGGAGGCAGUAAAGGAGGAGAGGGAGGAGAGAGAGAAGGCGCUUGCGGAGGAGAAAGUGAGAGUGGCGGUGCUGGAGGGCGUGGUGUCCAGGCUGGAGGGAGCGCUGGAGUUACAGAAGGAGGAGGGGGAGGAGGGGAGGAAGGCAGCGGAGGAGGACAAGGAGAAGAUAAGGAAGAUUGAGGAGAUAACAAGAGUCUUACAGAAGCAGAGGGAUGAACUGUUGAGGGCGGCGGAGGAGGGCCAGAGACUACUGUACGAGGCGCGGGAGGGGCUGAAGCUGUCACAGAAGCAGAUGAUUAGUAUGGACGAGGAGAAGAGGGUGCUGACGGACAAAUUGAACACGCAGAAGAAGGAACUGGAGGAGAAGGAAAAAGAACUGGAGGAGGUGAAGGAGAGGGAGAAAGAAAUGAAGGAACAAGUGCAAAAUGAACAGGUUAAAAUGAAAGAGGAGGAAGGAGAGAAGGAAGAAGAGAUAAAGAUAUUAAAGGAGGAACUGAAGAAGAAGGAAGAGGCAAACAAGGAAUUGACGGCGGCACUGCAGAAGGCGGAGGUGGAGGCAGCAGCGUCCAGGGGCUUCCUGCAGAACACUCAAGAGAGGCUGGAGGAGGUCACAGCCCGCGCCGCCAUGUUGGAGGAACAGUGGCAGAAAGCAAUAGAAGAUAAGAAGAUAAGAGAAGAAGAAGAGGAAGAAGGAAGAGGAGGAAGAGGAGGAGGAGGUAGUGAAGAAGAAAUAAAACAAGAGGAGAAUGAGGGAAUGGAAGAUUUGAAUGAAGAACAGAAGGAGGAGGAGGAGGAGGAGGAUGAGGAGGGGGAGGAGGAGGAAAAGGAAGAGGAGGAAGAGGAGGAGGAGAAAGAGAAAGAAGAAGAGGUUGAUAAAGGAGGGGAAGGAAAAAGUGUAAAUGAAGGAGAGUAAGAGAGAGAGAGAGAGAGAGAGAGAGAGAGAGAGAGAGAGAGAGAGAGAGUUAGUUUGUAUUUUUUGUAGAUUUUUUAUUUUCUUUAAUUUUUCUCUAAUUUCUUGUUUUUUUAUCAUUAUUUCCAUGUUAAUCAAUUUCCAUACUUUUCUCUUUUCUCUUGUUCUCUUCUUUAUUCUCCAUUCUUUCUUCUUCCCUUUUUCUUUCCAUUAUUUUCUGUAUUUUCCUCCAUUUUCCUUUAUUUUCCCUUCUUCCAAUCUUUAUUUUCCUUAUUUUUUCCUUUAUUUUCCUCCUGAUAUUUAAUUUCCCCUGUAUUAUUUAGUCUGUAUUAAGAAUUGGUUGUAUUUUCAUGUAUUUUGAUGUAUUAUUUAAGAUUCCUAGGUAAGUUUCUUUAUUUCUCUGUAUUUUUAUGUAUUAGUUAAGAAAAGUAUGUAUUUCGGUGUAUUUCUACGUAUUUUUUGUGUAUUUCUGCGUAUUUUCUGUAUUUCUGCGUAUUUUUCUGUAUUUCUACGUAUUUUUCAGUAUUCCAACGUAUUUUUCAGUAUUCCAACGUAUUUUUGUGUAUUUCUACGUAUUUUUCAGUAUUUCUACGUAUUUUUGUGUAUUUCUACGUAUUUUUGUGUAUUUCUACGUAUUUUUGUAUAUUUCUACGUAUUUUUCUGUAUUUCUACGUAUUUUUCUGUAUUUCUACGUAUUUUUCGUUUUUAAUAUAUUUGAGAUUCUUACGUAUUUUUUAUGUACUAUUUAAAGUUUCUAUGUAUCUUCUGUAGUAGUAGUAGUAGUAGUAGUAGUAGUAGUAGUAGUAGUAGUAGUGGUGGUGGUAGUUGUAGUAAUAGUAGUAGUAGUAGUAGGUGUUUAUAAGUGAGAGUUUUAAUAGUAACACAAACAAUAACGAAGGUACUGUAGUAAUUAAGUAUGUAUUCUUAUUUACUCUAUUUACUUAUUUAUUUACUUAUUUGUUUACUUAUUUUGUAUUGUGACUUUUCUUUUUUUAAUAUAUAUUUGACUGAUUUUUUUUAUUAAAUUUCUUGUAUAUUUUAA